AUGAAUUGGCCCCAAAUACCGCAUGGUGUGAUACGAGGCCGUAUUUUUAUUUCAAUGGAAGAACGUCUCACUUUCAACACUAAUACGAGAUUCUGGCCGAAAAUGUGUCACAAAUUGCCUCACCGUACUGCGGGGCAGGUUCGUAAUCGAAUCAAAGUGUUGUUCGAUCCCGCAAUUUUGAAAGGACACUCGAAGCUUGCGUACAAGAAACCACACCAAUGGACGAUGAGUGAUACAGAGAAACUGCUCAAAUACUACAAGAUCUAUGGCAUGUCAGCGUCGGCUAUUAAGAAGAUAGGCGAGCUUAUGAAACUGCCCAUGCAUACGUGCCAAAAUCAUUUAAGAAACAUUCUGGAGCGGACGGGGCCUGUUCCUAACUAUCUUCUUAAAAAACUUUGGGUCGUCGUAACGAAGCAAACUUCGUUCGAAAGUGGUUGCGCCUUUGAUAGGGUCGUCUCUAAAGCUAUACGAAAGUGUCGAUUAGAGGUGAAU